CUUACAGUCAAUUACAAAGUGGAGCUGUAUGAUCCUCGUUCCAAUGGUUUUAUGCCCUCAUCGCCUGGUAUUGGCAUGCAUGUCGAGGUACGCGACAGCGAUGACAAAAUUAUUUUAUCUCGUGUCUACAGUUCAGAAGGCCGCAUCUCUUUCACAUCCCACACACCCGGUGAACAUGUCAUCUGCAUGUACUCGAACAGUACAUCGUGGUUCAGUGGUGCCCAGCUGCGUGUCCAUUUGGACAUUCAGGUUGGUGAACAUGCCAUCGAUUAUGCCAGCGUAGCACAAAAAGAAAAGCUAACCGAAUUGCAGUUGCGUAUCCGCCAGCUGUUGGAUCAAGUCGACCAAAUCACAAAGGAACAGAAUUAUCAACGUUAUCGUGAAGAACGUUUCCGUCAGACAAGUGAAAGUACCAACUCGCGUGUGUUGUGGUGGUCUGUUGCCCAAACUGUUGUCCUUGUCUGUAUGGGCUUCUGGCAAAUGAGACAUUUGAAGAGUUUCUUUGAGGCCAAGAAAUUGGUGUAAAAUUUCUUCU